AGCCCCGCCUUCUGCGUUCGCCACUUCCGCCUGUGUGUCAGCGCUCGCCUCCCGUGCGCAUCAGCCCCCUUCAUCUUCGCUCCGGACCUGGAUCAACGCAGAGGUUGACUUCUUCACUCCAGAGCAGAGCCGAUAUCCUCCUUUUCUGAUUGGUCCAAACUCCAGAAGAAGACUGAGGAUUGGGAUAUUGUUGCAGUAUCAGAUCUUGCUUGGUUCCUGGGGGCGUGGCUUCUUGAAAGCCCAAAUUUGGAGAUCCUGGUCCAGGGUCCAGAGGAACUGAAUCUCACCUCAAACUGAAGAAUCAUGUGCUAAAGUCCAGCUCUGCCCCAAAACCUCCCACCAGCUCCGCAAAAUGAAUAAUGAGGAUGAGUUCUACGACGCCGUCACAGGCCUGGAUUCGGACGAGUCGUGCGAGGGCGUGUCUGAGGCCAGCUUUAAAGACGCGGUGGUGUCCCAGAAAAACAAUGGGGCGGUGCCUCAAGAGAACGGCAUCAAGAAACACAGGACGUCGUUACCUGCACCAAUGUACGCUAGAAACACGAUCAGCGUGUGGAGUAUCCUCAAGAAAUGUAUCGGCUUGGAAUUGUCGAAGAUCACGAUGCCCAUAGCGUUCAAUGAGCCUCUGAGCUUCCUCCAGAGAAUCACCGAGUACAUGGAACACACUUACCUCAUCAACAAAGCCUGCUCCCUCCCGGACUCCAUAGAGCGUCUGCAGGCUGUAGCUGCUUUCGCUGUGUCAGCCGUGGCGUCGCAGUGGGACAGAACUGGAAAACCCUUCAACCCUCUUCUGGGAGAGACUUAUGAACUCGUCAGAGAGGAGCAGGGUUACCGGUUGAUUUCGGAGCAGGUCUCACACCACCCUCCCAUCAGUGCCUUCCACGCAGAGAGCCUCACCGGGGACUUCGUCUUCCACGGAUCCAUCUACCCAAAACUCAAGUUCUGGGGCAAGAGCGUGGAGGCUGAGCCCAGAGGAACCAUCACACUAGAACUGCUCAGACAUAAUGAAGCGUACACCUGGAGUAACCCGUACUGCUGUGUGCACAACAUCAUCCUGGGCAAACUGUGGAUAGAACAGUACGGGACAGUAGAGAUCGUCAAUCACAGCACCGGGGAUAAGUGUGUACUAAACUUUAAACCUUGUGGGAUGUUUGGCAAAGAGCUGCACAAAGUCGAGGGAUACAUCCAGGACAAGAGUAAAAAGAAACACUGCGUUAUCUACGGGAAGUGGACCGAGUGCAUGUGGAGCGUGGAUCCCCACACGUACGAGGCUCACAAGAAAUCUGAGAAGAAAGGAGACAACAAGAAGAGCAAAAAUGACGAGCUGGAGGGAGCAGAUGACGAUGCAGAUGACAUGCCCGAGGUGCAGGAGACCGUGGCUGUGGUCCCAGGAAGUACUCUGCUGUGGAGGAUAGACUCCAGACCCCCACACUCUGCUACAAUGUACAACUUCACUAACUUUGCGAUGGCUUUGAAUGAGCUGGAGCCGGGGAUGGAGGCCAUUUUGGCUCCAACCGACUGUCGCUUCAGGCCAGACAUCAGAGCCAUGGAGAACGGCAGCAUGGAUGAAGCCAGCAGAGAGAAGGAGCGUUUGGAGGAGAAACAGAGAGCCGCUCGAAAAGAGAGGAACAAGAAUGAAGAGGACUGGUCCACCAGGUGGUUCCAGAUGGGCACAAACCCGUACACAAACAACCAAGACUGGAUCUACUCUGGAGGGUACUUCAACAGGAAUUACCAGGACCUGCCUGAUAUUUACUGAGAUUCUACCCUUAACCCCCUGUCGCUCAUGUCUGCUAUGGGACAGACGCCUUCUAAAAAUGAUAAAUAAUAAUAAUAAUUCAAGCAGUCUUCAUCAAAACUACAUCUCUGAACUCCUACAGCACAAUUAUCAUGUCAACCAGCGGCAAUGAAAGACAAAAACGAAGAUUCAAGGUGCGAAAUUCAAGUCAAGAUACGCGCCGUCAUCUGGACAACACUUGGAGUCGACUUUAUGGGUUUGCUGAAAAAAAAAAAAAAGGAUAAAGAUCUGCACCAAUCAGGUUUUACAUUAUAACCACAAACUUAAGGAAAAAGAUCUUGUGAGAUUUUCUGUCCACAUGUUUACAUUGAACAAAAAAAGGGUUAACUUUACUGAAUUACACCUCUAGAGAAGCCAGAUUCCAAAAGCAGUGCUGCAGUGACACCAGAAAUAUAAAAUAAAUAGAAAAUUGUGUAAAAAUCUCAUCCCAUGACGUCCCUGAACAAGACCGAACGACGUCGAACAAUCUUCUGAUAGACACCUGCCCCCCAAAACACCUGAAGAACAAAGAUGAGUUGAAACUGAACCAGGACCAAGCCAGGACUAAACCAGGACUAAGACAAAACUAAUCCAGAAGUAAGAUGGGACGAAGCCAGGACUAAACCAGGACUAAACCAGGACUAAACCAGGAAUAAACCAGGAAUAAACCAGGACUAAACCAGGACUAAACCAGGACUAAACCAGGAUGAAGCCAGGACUAAACCAGGACUAAGACAAAACUAAUCCAGAAGUAAGAUGGGACGAAGCCAGGACUAAACCAGGAAUAAACCAGGACUAAACCAGGACUAAACCAGGACUAAACCAGGACUAAACCAGGACUAAACCAGGAACUAAACCAGGACUAAACCAGGAAUAAACCAGGACUAAACCAGGACUAAACCAGGACUAAACCAGGAUGAAGCCAGGACUAAACCAGGACUACCACACAUCUUAAGUACUUCUGAUCAGUAUUGACCACUACAGGCGUAGAAUGCCCUACAAGAGCCACACUAAUCCAGGACUUAACCAGGAUUUAACCAGGUUGAAAGUUCAACUGAUAAAAACUGACUACCAAAAAAAUGCCCAAUAACUGCUGAAACUACAGUGUACGCCAGGACCAAGCCAGGACUAAACCCAGACUAAACCCGGACUCAAGUACCUCUCAUAAAUUAUGUUUUUGGUCUGUGAUGAUCAACAAGAGCUACACUAAACUAGGACUAAAUCUGGACUAAACCAGGACUUAGCCAGGACUAAGCCAAGACUCAACCUGGACUCAAAUACUUCUGAUAAAUGAUAUUUUUGGUCUAUAAUGAUCAACAAGACACAAGAGCUGCAUUAAACCAGGACUAAACCAGGACUAAACAGGACUAAACCAGGACUAAACCAGGAUUAAACCCGGACUCAACCCGGACUCAACCUCGACUCAACCUCAGACUCAAGUACUUCUGAUAAAUGAUGUUUUUGGUCUAUAAUGAUCAACAAGACACAAGAGCUGCAUUAAACCAGGACUAAACCAGGACUAAACCCGGACUAAACCAGGAUUAAACCCGGACUCAACCCGGACUCAACCUCAGACUCAAGUACUUCUGAUAAAUUAUGUUUUUGGUCUAUAAUGAUCAACAAGAAACAAGAGUUGCACUAAACCAGGACUAAACCAGGUCUAAACCAGGUCUAAACCAGGACUCAACCCGGUCUAAACCCGGUCUAAACCCGGACUCAAGUACUUCUGAUAAAUUAUGAUAAAUGUUUCUGGUCUGUAAUGAUCAACAAAAAUCAUGAGCUGCACUAAACCAGGACUAAACCAAAUAUGACGUUCCUUCUGACUCCUGUAGACUGAAAACACCCCACAAGUGCUGAAACCAAACCAGGACUAAACCUGAAAAAAGUCUGAAAUACCCCACAAGAUUUAAACUCAUCUACUAUUGUACUUACUUUUAACACAUUUGUUACGACAAUUAAAGUCCACGUGGUUUGGUAUUGUUGGUGGUUAUAAUGUUCUACCUGAUCCGUGUCCGAUUUCCAGCCCGCUUCACUACACUGCUGCGCUGAAACGAAAGCGAAAGUGAAAGCGAAAGCGAAGAAAGAAGAUGAUCAAACGGACAUUGAAAACCUACCAGCAACACUACAACCUGUAACAAAGAUUUCCUCUACUUCAAAAUCUAUACUCCAACUCUAAAAUAAUACUAAAAACAAUGCAUCGAGGAAGUGCAAGUGUGUAGAUGAGAAAAAGUGGAUUUUAAAACGCAAAAUGCUUCGCUAAUCAUGAUUUUUUUUUGUUUUUUUUUGUUUGUUAAUCACCCAUAAACUCAAAAUAGUCCCAUGAA